AUGAGCCUUUUCCGCCCCGCAUGCCUCUCCCACUCCUCGCAGGCUGCGCUACCGCAGCAGGCAGAGGGGGUUCUUGAAUUGAAGCUGCGGUGCUGCUGGGCAGGAAGGUGGGCGGGGGUCCGUCCGUACCAUUCAGCGCUGCGCUAUCGCAGCAGGCAGAGGGGGUUCUUAGAACUGGAUCUGCUGCUGGGCAAGUGGGUGGAGCAGCACCUGCCCUCUCUGGACCCCCCUCACCUCACUGCUCUUGCACGCCUCAUGGACGAGUCCGUUUUCUACCCCCCUCCGCACCUUCCCCUCCCUUCCGCUUCCCCAUCUCUCUCCUCCCAGGUGUACACCUCCAUUCGCAGCAAGGUGUACCUCUCAAUCCGCAGCAAGGUGUACCUCUCAAUUCGCAGCAAGGUAGACGAAAGGCUGCACCGCAUGCACCCUGCAGUGAAGGCCGCGCCUGGGCUGCCGCGGGUGAGGGGGUGGGAGGACACCAAGGUAGAGGAGAGACUGCACCGCAUGCACCCAGCAGUGAAGGCCGAGCCUGGCCUGCCAUGGGUGUACCUCUCCAUUCGCAGCAAGGUAGAGGAGAGACUGCACCGCAUGCACCCAGCAGUGAAGGCCGAGCCUGGCCUGCCAUGGGUGAGAGAGGAUGGGAGAGCACGUUUGCUCACUGCCUUUAACCACCCUCCUUCCUCGCGGCUCCCUCUCCCCCCUCUCCAGGUGUACCUCUCAAUUCGCAGCAAGGUAGACGAAAGGCUGCACCGCAUGCACCCAGCAGUGAAGGCCGAGCCUGGCCUGCCGUGGGUGAGGGGCUGGGAGGACAUGCAGAGGCAACCGGGCACACCCCCUGCUGGCAACCAGUAG